GAGCCCGAGGCUCCGCCGUCCGGUGGGGGCCGGUGUCAAAUCGCGUCACGGGGCCGGGUCCGCUUGAGCUAACCCCUCUGUCUCUCCCCUGCCGCGAUGGAGCAGAUCCUGGCCAACCUGGUGAUGGAGAGCCUGCACCCGGAGCUGCGCGGCCUCAUCGGCCCCCGGCUGAAGGGCAAGGUGCAGGAGAGGCAGCGGAACUGGAUGCUGAUCUCCGACGCCGUGUUCUCGAUGGUGCUGAGCCAGACCCGGGUUCAGCACGAGGCUGUGGUUCAGCGCUGCGAGGCAGGGCGCCCCCCGCUGGAGGCCUCCAUCCGCACGGACAUGGACCAGAUCAUCACCUCCAAGGAGCACGUCACCGGGAAGAUCCGGGCGCUGGUGCUGCCCAAGGCGGAGCAGUUAAUGAAGCGGAACGUCGAGCCCUACAUCAGCUCCAUCCUGGAGGCCCUGAUGGAGCCCACCAGCCGCGGCUUCGCUGAGGUGCGGGACGUCUUCUUCCGGGAGCUCGUGGACAUGAGCAAGAACGUGGUCAACGAGGGCGGCCGUGAGAAGCUGGGCGAGCACAUGGACAAGGUCUCCAUGCUGGCCUACCACCCGGUGAAGAUGAACGGCUGCUACAGCAAGGUGGAGGAGCUGCACCUGGAGGGCCUGCAGCAGCGCUUCGGCGUGUCCAGCCCCUCCGUCUUCGUGCAGAGGGCGCAGAUCCUCAUGAGGGAGCAAAUGGACAACGCGGUGUACACCUUCGAGCAGCUGCUGCACCAGAGCCUGGAGGGCCAGGGCAGCGAGGAGCUCUGCAAGAUCAUCCAGCGCUGCCAGGACCGGGUCAUCAAGAAGUACGACUACGACAGCAGCACCGUGCGGAAGAAGUUCUUCAGGGAGGCCCUCCUGCAGAUCAUCAUCCCCUACAUGCUGAAGCAGCUCUCCCCGACCUGCAAGGAGGAGCUGCCUCAGUUCCAGGAGCUGAUCUUCGAGGACUUCUCCCGGUUCAUCCUGGUGGAGAACGUCUUCGAGGAGGUGGUGCUGCAGUCCGUCAUGAAGGACAUCAUGCAGGCGGUGAAGGAAGCCGCCGUUCAGAGGAGACACAACCUGUACCGCGACAGCAUCGUCCUGACCAACAGCGACCCCAACCUGCUCCUGCUGGGAGAGGGGCCGCCCAUCAACUGGGGGGGCGACGUGGGCGACGGCGAGGGCGGCGGUGGCGGCGGCGAGCCCACGAAGAGGCGGCGCAUUAAGCAGGUGGUGUCCAUGAUCCAGGUGGACGGCACGCUGGUGGUGCCCAACGAGUCGUGCCUGGAGGUGCCGGGCGUGGGCGGCAUCCCGGAGGACCAGGAGGGAGAGGCGGAGAACACCAGCACAGGCGGGGAUGCGGAGUCGCUCAAGUCCCCCGACAGCAUCCACGAAAUCAGGGACCUCAUCACCCCCAAGGUCGAAGUGCAGGUGUCCCUCCCCACUGCGGACGCGCCCCUCACCAACGGCACAGUCCCGCAGGAAGCGAGCGUCACGGAUGUGACCUCCCAGGAAGCUGACAAGGCUGCGGUGCCCGCAGAGAGGGGCGCACAGGAAGCUGCCAAGAGUGAACCACGCACAGAGGAGGGGACACAGGAAAUGGUCAAGAGUGAACCACGCAUCGAGAGGGGUGCGCAGGAAGCUGCCGAGAGCAAACCACACACGGGGAGGGAUGCACAGGAAGUUCAGGAAAGUCAGCCACACAUCGAGAGGGGGACACAGGAAAACGCAAAGAGUACGCCGUCCACAGCAGAGGCCACACAGCAAGCCGCUGAGACCAGACUACCCAGUAACAAACAAGAGGAACCAUUAAAAGAGGAGCUUGCAGCAGAGCACACCAAAAACUCCCCCGUGAAGUUGGCGCCACCCUUGCCCGUUGAUUCUGACUCCUCCCACCAUCACCAUGACGACAGUGGAUUCCAGUCCCCAGCCAAUGAGGACGUAGAGGAGGAUCAGGUUCAGCCAAUCACCAAAGGCCAAGAGGAGGUGGGAGACACCAUCGCUGACCCAGCCAAGGUUGAAGUGACUUUGGAGGAGAAGGAAGUGGAUCCUUCCAAUGACUUGGAGACAGGAGAGGAGGUUUCUGGGAAAGAGAGUCCCUCAGAGUCCAUAGUGCCGGCUGGAAAUUAGAUGUUUACAAUAAGAAUAAAGCAGGAAAAAUGAUCUAAACACAGAAACGGGAAUUAAAUACUUGUUUUUGUUUUAGGCAAAGGAGAAAAAAUAUUUUUAAAGUAAUUUUUAUUAAGAGCAAAGUUUAAAAAUUAUUCAUUGUUAUUUUUUUUUUGGUUCCUUUUUACUUCUUCCAUUGCUUAGAUUGAGUAGUUGUCAUAUAUAUCAGCCCAUGUCGACACUUCGAUCAGACCCGAGAGAGCACGUUGUCGAUUAACCCUGCCUCCCCCAACCUCAGCCUCGACACUAAAACCAGAAUGAAUCCUGAGCAGCUGAGCCCAGAACACGGUCCGCCUCGGACUCGGCCCGAAGAUCGGCGAGGAGCUGCGCUCUUCCAUCUGGACCCCAGCCUGCGGCUCCUCUGGGGCCAGACCGGCCCCCAGCCCCGCGCGAUGGUGCUGCUGAACACCUGCCCCCCUGCGCUUGGACUGUCGUCUCUGUGCUGGAUUCCUACAGGCUCUUAGAAAGGGGGGCCCCGGUUCUGCAGGGGAGGGUGGAGAGCCGUCGUCUUUCAUCGAACGAGGCCCGGUUUAUUUUUGUUGUUGCAAACCCGCCCGGUUCAGAGCCGUCAGCGGUCUCAGCUCUCGCCAGCAGCCCCCGACCCUGCUGGGCUGGAGUGGGGUGGAGGAGGAGAGACAGUGCAGAUGACAACCGUUAAUUGACCUAAUUUAGCAAUUAAGAGCUCCGUCAUGACUCUGCGCUGUUUUGGGGCUACUUGUGAUUUUUUUUUUGGGGGGGGAGGGGCUGUCCCCUCUCUCAACUGUUGUGUGCCCCUGCAUCACCUCCCACACAGGACGAGGAGAGAGCGCCCCCCUACUUCCACUCCCUUGGAACAAAACCAAAGGGGCUUCUGAGACGAUCGACAGAAGAGGGGGAAAAGAGGAAAAACGUGUUUUUGAGUUUGCCGUUCUGAAACGUGGGAGCUGGGAGCCAUCGGCGGACAUGAGGAAGAGGCCAGGACUGAGACAGGAAAGCCUGCCCUCUGCCCUCUUCGCUCGUGCAGCCCCUGUCCACAGCCCGGCCCGGCCCGGCCCAGACGAGCAGCUCACAUCCCUGCAGGAGGAGCCCUGUAGCGGUUCUGGGUGCGCUCUGACUGACGGUCUCGUUCUGGCGAUGCUGAUUCUUCAUCGGUGCAGCUGGAGCUGUAUUGCACGUGUGCGUGCGUGCUUUCGUGCACGUGUGUGUUUUUGUGGGGGGGGGGUGAUCUCAAGGUUUUCCUUGCAGCCAGAGACUAAAGAAAAAAAAAACCCUGAAAAAAAUGAUUUUGCUGCUCCGAAAGGGGGGACCCAGAAGCCGAAGAGAAAUGAGCAGUAGGUGGGAGGGAGGGGAGAGGCACUAUAGAGAUGUGAGAUUCUGGGAUCUGGACUUUCCAACACCACGCCUCGCUGGGUGAAAGAGGAACUGACAGCCCUCUGAUGCUCCGGCGCAGCCUCGUUCCCCGUUCCGCUUUGGAUCGUGGGAGUUUGUGAGGCACAGCCUGGGAGCCCAGAUCUCAUGGACUUCGUUUUGCACGAGCAGCAGGGACGGCGUGUUCUCCCUGCCGGAGCCUGGUGGAGCCCGGCACUAGUGACAGCUGCUGCUCCUCGGGCCUUGUAGUGGCCAGUCAGAGGCUGCUGACACACUCGCUGGCUGGGCUGCUUGCUGCUUCAGUCUUAUCCAGUUAUUCUCGCCCGCUGCAGGUCAAGCAGAGCACUCCGCCAUCCGUCGGUAGGGCUGUGAAAUGCUGUUCCUGUUCCAGCAGACUGCAUUACAGCGGGGGAUCCCCCAUCUUGGUCCCGGGAACCCCGGACCCUGCUGGGUUUCACACCCAUCAGGCUCUUUGUGAUCUGGUUGAACUCUUAAGGGACGCUUAAGACUCAUUUUUGAUAUUAACAGCUGGGGCUUGCUUUUUGAUUUACUGCAAGAUCUCUGACCUCUGAGGAGGAGGAGAAAACUGGCGAAGGAUUCAACUAAGUGAGAAGGCUGGAACCAAAACCAGCAGGUGUGGGGCUCCCCAAGACCAGGGCUGGGUGGGGCCCCCUCCAUCUUUGAGCGUAGCUCUGGUGAGAUGCCAAGAAUCAGCUGUGCUUCACAGUGGCUGCACGGUUUACUGCAAUGGGCGAGAAACGCAUUCCUGUUACCAGAUUUGCAUGCUGCCUUGGAUGGAAAAGGAUAUCCGCGCCAUUAUUUCUGAUAUCAUAGUUUCUCGCUUUGUCAGGGAGACUGCGCAUUUGAAUUUUCUGCUGGGGCUGAAGGAAAAAAAAAACUCUGGAAGGCUUUGUGUGAGAAGAGUGUACAUUGCCUGGUUCGGCGUGUAGAGAGGCCUGGUCUGCUGUGCUCUUGAGACACGCGAGACUGUUCGAGGAGGUGUGACACGGAGCCGGCUGAAGCGAGAUACCGCAGGUGAACACUAGAGGGAGUGAAAAAAAAAGUCAGUGCUGGGUGAUGGAGCCGCCCGGCUUCAGAAAUAGGAUUGGAUUGAGACACAUAUACUUGCAAAGGGAACAGAGUUGGGAUUGGUGAGAUUAUUUUUUUUUUUUUUGGCAUAGGUAUAGAAUAUGCAGUUACGUAAACACCGUUUAUAGUUUGUAGAUUUGCCAGACGGGUGUGACCGCUCUCGGUAUAACUUCAUCCUAAAUCUGGCCGGAGGGGGCUGCCCUCCAGCCGCUGCGGAGGACGGGACUGGUUAGGAGCUCUGUACUACGUGUGGAGCGGUCAGGCUUGAGUAUAUUAUUCAGUAGUUCUUUUUCCCCCCCACACACAGAAUUUGCUUCUGCUUCCUUAACUCUAUAACACUUGUUAUUUAUUCAGGACCGCUCUUGUAAUGACCGAUUUCCCUGUAAUAAAAAUGUUUCUCAGAAAUGCAAAUCUACUGAGGCGCAGGCGGUAGAGAAAUAUGUUGUUUGGUUGUUGUUGUUGUUGUUGUUUUAAUGGAUUGGGAACUUGGUGCCACCUCUCACGCGGACACAGUUGCAAACUGAAAGCACUUGCAGGGGCGCCAGGGGGUGGCGACGUCUUUUUAAAAGGUUCCGGGCUGUCGAGAGCCUCCUUUCCCGGUGUUGGCACAGGAGAGAAGCUCCUUUUCCUUCGGCUUCUCUGGGGGGGCACCCCCGGGGCCUCCUGCGGUGCAGAACUGUCUGUUUUGUGUGCAUUUCGGGACGUCCCGCCACGCUCACUCACUUUACGCCCUAAAGGCGUCAUUCCAGGCUGCGGGGUGUUUUACCUUUUUUGUUUUUUCGUCUGUUCUGUUCACGAUUUCUCUACCAAAUGUUUUAUGAAAUGUCAUGCAGAUAUACCUAUAAUAAACGAGUUGAAAACGA